AAAAUUUAUAAAAAAAUAAACUAAAACUCUUUCAUUUUAGCGUUUUCUUGUCCAGCAGGAUUCAAACUCUUCUCGGGAAAUCCUUGUUCAUCUUCCUCACUUACAACACUCAGAAACCCUCGAAACCCCACAACAAUGGGACAAGGAUCUUCAGGUCUUAAUCGUCCGCCGAACUCCAAUGACAGAAACCAAAAUCCCGACAAAAAGGACAAGAAAUUCGAACCAGCAGCACCUCCAUCUCGAGUGGGUCGUAAACAACGCAAGCAAAGAGGUCCAGAUGCGGCUGCUAGACUCCCUGUUGUCACUCCACAUACAAAAUGCAAAUUAAGGCUUCUUAAACUUGAAAGAGUUAAAGAUUACCUUUUAAUGGAGGAAGAAUUUGUGUCUAAUCAAGAAAGAUUGAAACCCCAGGAAGAGAAAACUGAAGAAGAUCGAUCUAAAGUUGAUGAUCUUCGCGGGUCUCCUAUGAGUGUUGGGAAUUUGGAAGAAUUGAUUGAUGAGAAUCAUGCUAUUGUUAGUUCUUCUGUUGGGCCUGAAUAUUAUGUGGGUAUUAUGUCUUUUGUUGAUAAAGAUCAAUUGGAGCCUGGAUGUUCUAUUUUGAUGCAUAAUAAGGUUCUUUCAGUUGUUGGAAUCCUUCAAGAUGAGGUGGAUCCGAUGGUGUCUGUGAUGAAAGUUGAGAAAGCUCCACUGGAAUCAUAUGCUGAUAUUGGUGGGUUGGAUGCCCAGAUUCAGGAAAUAAAAGAAGCUGUUGAGCUUCCUCUUACUCAUCCUGAAUUGUAUGAAGACAUCGGAAUAAGGCCUCCUAAGGGGGUUAUAUUGUAUGGUGAGCCUGGAACAGGGAAGACUUUGUUGGCCAAGGCUGUAGCAAAUUCAACCUCAGCCACAUUUCUACGAGUUGUUGGAAGUGAAUUGAUUCAGAAAUACUUGGGUGAUGGUCCCAAACUAGUGCGGGAACUAUUUAGGGUUGCAGAUGAACUUUCACCAUCAAUUGUCUUCAUUGAUGAAAUUGACGCAGUGGGAACAAAGAGAUACGAUGCCCAUUCAGGGGGUGAGCGUGAGAUUCAAAGGACCAUGUUGGAGCUGCUAAACCAAUUAGAUGGUUUUGAUGCUAGAGCUGAUGUGAAAGUCAUACUUGCUACCAACAAAAUUGAAAGUCUGGACCCAGCAUUACUUCGUCCGGGUAGGAUUGAUCGAAAGAUCGAGUUUCCUCUACCAGAUAUAAAGACCAGGAGACGCAUCUUCACGAUCCAUACAUCAAAGAUGACGUUAGCUGAUGAUGUCAAUUUAGAAGAAUUUGUUAUGACAAAAGAUGAGUUUUCUGGUGCGGAUAUCAAAGCAAUCUGCACUGAGGCGGGAUUACUUGCUUUAAGAGAGCGGCGUAUGAAGGUAACCCAUGCCGACUUUAAGAAAGCGAAAGAGAAAGUGAUGUACAAGAAGAAAGAAGGCGUUCCAGAAGGGCUUUACAUGUAGAACUGUUUCUCAAAAUAUUUCUUAAACCAUCAUCUUAAGGGGCUAUUUAUCUCGUCACAUCAUUUAUCGUACUUUUUUUCCCUUCUGAAUCAAAACGAUUUGUACUACAUUUCAGAUGAAAAAUAGAUUGAAAUCUGUUGAUCGUUGAGGCAUCUCAAACGUACAGAUUUUCUUGUUUUCCCUUUCGAGAAUUGCAAUGCUCAAUUUACUUCAUUCUUCUCAGCAGUUUGGUUCUGGUAGUAUAUUUUGAACAGGGUUUUCCCAUGAGAUACUUUGGUGAUUAUUGUAUGAAUUUAAUUGAUAUUUUGUUGAGCGUUUGAGGUUUCUA